CGUCGUCAAAGCAGCCCUGUCAUUGUCAACAGCCGUACAGAUCGGCCAGUCCCACUUUUCUACAGUUUUUGACGAUGAUUCCCAUUCAACCCCCCAAAGACGAUGAGACCAGAAGAGAGGAAAAGGCUGAAGUUAGCCAUGGGCUUGCCCACUGGCGAAGCUUACGGAGCUUGUGCAGCACCGGGGCGGGUUGGUGGGAGGACGGACUAGACUGGCUGACUGAGAGGACUAAGAGAGGACUCGGAGAAGACUGGGAGUGUGUGCACAUCCUGCGCUUGUCAGGGUGGCCCCUGCCACUAACGCAAACCCCCUACCCCCUCCUACCCCUCCGUCGACCCUCCCCCCUACAAACUUCGUCCGGGUUGACGAAAGCUGCAGCUUCCUGUCUCCUUCUUGACACAUUCCCUAGAGAUAAAUAACUCGACUCUCCCGCAGUCAUCGCAGAAUCGCGUGUUCGAACCUCUCCUCCAUCAAACAACCCCCCACGUUGAACCACCGACACAUCAUUCAUCAUGUCUGGACCUGUCGCUGAUAUGGGCCUCAUCGGCCUGGCCGUUAUGGGUCAGAACAUUAUCCUGAACGCUGCCGACCACGGUUUCACCAUCGCUGCAUUCAACCGUACCGUCUCCAAGGUCGACAAGUUCCUCGCCAACGAGGCCAAGGGCAAGUCCAUUGUGGGCGCUCACUCCAUCGAGGAGUUCGUCUCCAAGCUCAAGAGCCCCCGCCGUGUCAUGCUUCUUGUCCAAGCCGGCAAGGCCGUCGAUGACUACAUUGAGACCCUCAUCCCUCUCCUUGAGAAGGGCGACAUCAUCAUUGAUGGUGGUAACUCUCACUUCCCCGACUCCAACCGCCGCACCCAGUACUGCUCUUCCAAGGGAAUCCGCUUUGUCGGUUCCGGUGUGUCCGGUGGUGAGGAGGGUGCCCGCUACGGCCCUUCCUUGAUGCCCGGUGGUAACGAGGAGGCCUGGCCUUACCUCAAGGACCUCUUCCAGUCCAUCAGCGCCAAGAGCGACAACGAGCCCUGCUGCGACUGGGUUGGUGACGAGGGUGCUGGCCACUACGUCAAGAUGGUUCACAACGGUAUUGAGUACGGUGACAUGCAGCUCAUCACUGAGGCCUAUGACAUCCUGAAGCGUGGUCUUGGUCUCUCCAGCAAGGAGAUUGGUGAUGUCUUCGCCAAGUGGAACAAGGGUGUCUUGGACUCUUUCCUCAUUGAGAUCACCCGUGACAUCAUGUACUUCAACGACGACGAUGGCACUGCUCUCGUCGAGAAGAUCCUCGACAAGGCUGGCCAGAAGGGUACCGGCAAGUGGACUGCCGUCAACGCUCUUGACCUCGGCAUGCCCGUCACCCUUAUCGCUGAGGCUGUCCUUGCCCGCUGCUUGUCCGCCAUCAAGGAGGAGCGCACCAAGGCUUCUACCCUUCUUUCGUACGUGGGCCGCAACAGCAAGUUUGAGGGCAACAAGGAGCAAUUCAUCGACGAUCUCGAGCAGGCUCUGUACGCCUCCAAGAUCGUCUCUUACGCCCAGGGCUUCAUGCUGAUGCAGGAGGCCGCCAAGGAGUACGGCUGGAAGCUCAACAAGCCCUCUAUCGCCCUUAUGUGGCGCGGUGGCUGCAUCAUUCGCUCCGUCUUCCUCAAGGACAUCACCAACGCCUACCGCAACAACCCCGACCUUGAGAACCUUCUCUUCGACGACUUCUUCAACAAGGCUAUCCACACUGCCCAGCCCGGCUGGAGAGACGUUGUCUCCAAGGCCGCGCUUCUCGGAAUCCCAACCCCGGCCUUCUCCACCGCUCUGUCCUGGUUCGACGGUUACCGCACUAAGGACCUCCCUGCCAACCUUCUCCAGGCCCAGCGUGACUACUUUGGCGCACACACCUUCCGUGUCAAGGAGGAGCAGGCUAACGAGAAGUACCCUGCGGGUCAGGACAUCCACGUUAACUGGACUGGCCGCGGAGGUAACGUCUCUGCUUCUAACUACAACGCAUAAAUGGUUUCC